GGGGAACCGGUAGUGGCAGCCUGGUAGUGGUCUGGGUCCGUCGUCUAUACCGGACCGGCUAGUUUAUGUGAUGAACGUGGUUUAAUGGUUGAUCCGCUAAAACUCUUCUGGGUUAUUACCAACAGCACUUAUCUGGUAACAAAAUUCAUUCGCAUUGGGAUAGCUGACAAGAACGAUAAUCCCCCAUAUUUCGACAAGGGCCUCUACGAGGCUGAAGUAGACGAAAAUGAGGACAUUCAGCAUACGGUGCUCACCGUCACCGCCAAAGAUCACGACGAGUCCUCGCGUAUUCGAUACGAGAUCACGAGCGGGAACAUAGGCGGUGCAUUCGCUGUGAAAAACAUGACCGGCGCCAUUUACGUUGCGGGUGCGUUGGACUAUGAGACGAGGAAGAGGUACGAGCUUCGGCUUACUGCGUCGGACAACUUGAAGGAGAAUUAUACGACAGUUGUAAUUCACGUGAAGGACGUAAACGACAACCCGCCUGUCUUCGAGCGACCAAAUUACAGAACACAAAUUACGGAGGAGGACGACAGGACUUUGCCGAAACGCGUCCUCGGGGUCACUGCGACUGACGGAGACAAAGAUAGACCACAAAAUAUAGUCUACUUCCUAACUGGGCAAGGUAUUGAUCCCGAUAAUCCUGCGAACAGCAAGUUUGACAUCAAUCGUACGACCGGAGAGAUUUUUGUUCUGAAGCCGCUGGACAGAGAUCAACCAAAUGGUCGGCCACAGUGGCGGUUCACCGUAUUUGCUCAGGACGAGGGUGGAGAAGGUCUCGUGGGUUAUGCCGACGUCCAAGUUAACCUCAAGGACAUCAAUGACAACGCCCCGAUAUUCCCGCAGGGUGUCUACUUCGGCAACGUCACCGAGAACGGCACCGCAGGAAUGGUGGUCAUGACAAUGACAGCCGUGGACUAUGAUGAUCCAAAUGAAGGCACAAACGCAAGACUUAUCUAUUCUAUCGAGAAGAACGUCAUUGAAGAAGAGACUGGUUCUCCCAUUUUUGAAAUUGAAUCGGAAACUGGCGUGAUCAAAACCGCUGUGUGCUGCUUGGAUCGAGAACGCACUCCAGAUUAUUCUAUACAAGUCGUUGCAAUGGAUGGAGGGGGGUUAAAGGGUACCGGGACGGCAUCGAUACGGGUCAAAGACAUAAACGACAUGCCACCGCAAUUCACGAAGGAUGAAUGGUUUACUGAAGUGGAUGAGACAGAAGGACCAGAUCUACCAGAGAUGCCGAUACUCACUGUAACUGUCCACGAUGAGGAUGAAACCAAUAAAUUCCAAUACAAGGUAAUUGAGAAUAGCGGUUACGGUGCCGAUAAGUUUACCAUGGUACGAAACAAUGAUGGCACAGGAUCAUUGAAAAUUGUGCAAUCACUAGAUUAUGAGGACCAACUGCAGAGUAAUGGUUUUAGAUUUAGGAUACAAGUGAACGAUAAGGGCGAAGACAAUGACAAUGACAAAUAUCACGUGGCCUAUUCCUGGGUAGUCGUGAAAUUGCGAGAUAUCAAUGACAAUCAGCCACAAUUUGAGAAAGCCAAUAUCGAGACUACUGUGCCAGAGAAUGCCCGCAUAGGCAGCAGCUUGGAAACAUUCAAGGCCACCGAUCCGGAUCAAGGUGGCAAGAGCAAAGUCUCAUAUUCCAUUGACAGAAGCUCCGAUCGAAAGAGACAAUUCUUUAUCAACGAAAAUGGCACUGUAUCGAUACAAAGAAGCCUUGAUCGCGAGGAAACUCCUCGGCAUCAGGUUAAAAUUUUGGCGAUCGAUGAUGGAAUACCACCUAAAACCGCGACAGCUACCCUGACAGUCGUUGUACAGGAUAUUAAUGACAAUCCACCAAGAUUCCUCAAGGACUAUCGCCCAGUUUUGCCAGAAUAUGCACAAACUAAGAAAGUCGUUGAGAUUCUCGCUACCGAUGACGAUGAUCGAUCGAGAAGCAACGGUCCUCCGUUCACUUUCCGGAUGGAUCCUAACGCAAACGAUGUUAUCAGAGCUAGCUUCAAAGUUGAGAGCGAUAACAAGGGAGCUAAUGGAGAUGGAAUGGCCGUAGUGUCAUCUUUACGAUCCUUUGAUAGGGAACAACAAAAGGAAUUCUUGAUUCCUAUUGUCAUUAAAGAUUCUGGAAAUCCUUCUAUGUCUGGGACCAGUACCUUGACAGUUAUCAUAGGAGACGUUAACGAUAAUAAAAUGCAGCCUGGCUCCAAGGAAAUCUUUGUAUAUAAUUACGCAGGACAAUCGCCGGAUACCGAGAUAGGUAGAGUGUAUGUGUACGAUCUGGAUGACUGGGAUCUGCCUGAUAAGAAGUUCUAUUGGGAGGGAUUAGAACACGCACAAUUUAGGCUCGACGAGGAUUCGGGGAUGAUUUUCAUGAAAUCUGGUACGCACGACAGCAAGUAUCAUCUACGGUUCAAGGUUUACGAUCGGAAGCACACGCAAACGGACGUUCCCGCAAACGUGACUGUCACUGUCAAGAGUAUUCCGCAUGAGGCGGUAUUAAAUUCAGGCUCGGUUCGAAUAUCCGGGAUAACGGAUGAGGACUUCAUUCGUGUUUGGAAUUAUCAGAACCAAACUUUGUCGCGGAGCAAAGCGGAUCUAUUUAGAGACAAGUUGUCACAUCUAUUGAACAUAGAUAGGGAUAACGUGGACGUUUUCAGCGUCCAAUUAAGGAGAGUGCAUCCGCCAUUGACGGACGUCAGAUUCGCCGCGCAUGGUUCACUAUACUACAAACCAGUCAGGCUUAAUGGCAUUGUGCUUAUGCAUCGCGAAGAGAUCGAAAAAGACGUGGGGAUCAACAUAACUAUGGUCGGUAUCGACGAAUGCUACUAUGAGAACGAAAUGUGCGAAGGAAGUUGUACGAACACCCUUGAUAUCAGCAACUUGCCAUACAUGGUGAACGCAAACAGGACCGCUCUUGUCGGCGUACGCGUGGAUGUGAUAGCCGAGUGCACUUGUGGAGCGCGGAAUUUCAGCAAGGGCGAAUCCUGCAGAAACAGUCCUUGUUACAAUGGCGGACGCUGCGUGGAAGACCGAUUUGGAUUAUCAUGUCAAUGUCCAUCUGGCUACAAUGGUCCGAGGUGUCAGCAGACCGCCAGAAGUUUUCGAGGCAACGGAUGGGCUUGGUAUCCCGCUUUGGAAAUGUGCGAUAACAGUCACUUGAGCUUCGAGUUUAUCACAAGAAAAUCUGACGGACUAUUAUUGUACAAUGGUCCGAUUGUUCCUCCCGAAGUCGAUGAAGUAAUGGUUUCUGACUUUAUUUCGGUCGAAUUGGAACGCGGUAUACCGAGGCUGCUAAUUGAUUUUGGAUCUGGCACUUUGGAGCUGAAAGUGAAACCAAAGAAAACUUUAGACGAUGGCGAAUGGCACCGGCUUGACAUUUUCUGGAAUACGGAGACCGUGAAGCUCAUCAUCGACUACUGCAAAUCUGCGGAAAUAUCUGAGCUGGAGGAUGGAAGCCCGCCAGAAUUCAAUGACACUAGUUGUCAAGCCACAGGAACGAUACCACCGUUCAACGAAUACCUGAACGUGAAUGCACCGCUGCAAAUCGGUGGUCUUUAUGUGGAGCAAUUCGAUCCCUCGCACUACAAGUGGAAACACAUGCCGGUGGGCAAGGGCUUUGACGGUUGCAUCAAGAAUCUGUUUCACAACAGCAAGUUGUACGAUCUCGCUCACCCGGGUCUUUCGCGAAACAGCGUCGCCGGUUGCCCGCAAACGGAGGAGAUCUGCAACAAUCAGGAAACAACUUUCCGCUGUUGGGAACAUGGCACUUGCGUCGGCAGCUUCACCGAAGCAAGAUGCCAAUGCAAUCCUGGCUGGACCGGUCCUGGAUGCAUGACGCCCACGAUCCCAACUACCUUCAAGCCACAGAGCUAUGUCAAGUACGCGUUAUCUUUUGAACCGGAUAAAUAUUCCACUCAGGUGCAAUUGAGAUUCCGUACCAGAGAGAUGCACGGCGAAUUAUUCAGAGUGAGCGACCAGCACAACAGGGAAUAUGCGAUUUUAGAGAUCAAAGACAGCAGACUACACUUCAGAUAUAAUCUGAACAGUCUUCGGACGGAAGAGCGAGAUAUCUGGCUUUCGGCGAUAGCCGUCGAUGAUGGACAAUGGCAUACAGUUAGAGUAUCAAGAUAUGGAUCUGCCGCAACUUUGGAACUGGACGGUGGCGAAGGACGAAGAUUCAAUGAGACCUUCUCAUUUGAGGGUCAUCAAUGGCUCCUCGUCGAUAAACAAGAAGGUGUUUACGCGGGUGGUAAGGCGGAAUAUACUGGUGUCCGCACAUUUGAAGUUUAUGCGGAUUAUCAGAAAGGCUGUUUGGACGACAUAAGAUUAGAAGGAAAGCAUCUUCCGCUACCACCUGCUAUGAACGGAACUCAAUGGGGUCAAGCAACGAUGGCGCGAAACCUGGAAAGGAAUUGUCCAUCAAAUAAACCGUGUGCCAAUGUCAUUUGUCAGGAUCCCUUCGAGUGCAUUGAUCUUUGGAACGAGUACGACUGCACUUGCGGGGAAGGAAGAAUUCCUUCGCCGGAUAACAAAGGUUGCAUGGACAAAAAUGAAUGUAUUGAUUAUCCCUGCCUGAACGGUGGCAGAUGUAUCAAUCAAGAUCCGCGAUUCCGAUAUCGAUGCAUUUGUCCUGAUGGUUUCUGGGGGGAGAAUUGCGAGCUAGUCCAAGAGGGUCAAACGCUCAAGCUGAGCAUGGGAGCAUUGGCGGCCAUUCUCGUUUGUCUUUUAAUCAUUCUCGUUCUCGUGUUGGUAUUCGUCGUCUACAACAGAAGACGAGAGGCACACAUAAAAUAUCCUGGUCCGGAUGACGACGUGAGGGAAAAUAUUAUUAAUUAUGAUGAUGAGGGUGGCGGAGAGGAUGACAUGACUGCGUUCGAUAUCACACCUCUGCAGAUUCCGAUCGGUGGCCCGAUACCGGAAAUGGGCGGCAAGCUGCCUCCGUGUAAAGUAGCCUGUACGUUAUAUACUUUUGUACUGCAAUAUAGCGGGAUAAUUCAUAAGAGUGAAAGACUAAUUGAAACGUUAUUCUCAGAUCCGCUUGGACCAGAACCGAAUGUCGGUGUCUUCAUCGAGGAUCACAAGAAGAGGGCUGACAGUGACCCAAACGCACCACCCUUCGACGAUUUACGGAAUUACGCGUAUGAAGGUGGCGGAAGCACCGCGGGUUCUCUGGAAUCACUAGCUUCCGGUACGGAUGAUGAGCAACACGAGUACGAGUAUUUAGGCGCUUGGGGCCCGAGAUUCGAUAAGCUGGCCGAUAUGUAUGGUCCCGCCGAGGAGAGCGAAGAAGAAGAAUAAUCAACCAAAUAUACAGCCGAGUCUCUACAUGAUAUUGCACCGUGAUCCAUAUCACGAUCCGAAUAAGUACUCGUGAGACCUCGGUCGAGACGACCUGGUCCGUCACAUCGGAUGACAGGGAUCAUCAUAACGAACAUUCGGAGGAUCUCGAAGGAAAAAGAGAGUACGGCUUCCUUCGCUGAGAGUGAUAAAUCCUCGACGAACAACGAGGAACAACUUCCUCGUAGUUGUGCAGCUAGUGAAAGUACUAAUUACACGUGACGUCAUACACACUGCGUCACGCGACACGUUGUCGCGUCAUCCGUGGUGCGUGGACGCAAUACACACAGACACACACGUACUCGAGAGUCAAAGGUGCAUAAAGGAACGUUGCAAUAGCGCGACAGUACACGUAGAAAGGUGGUAAACGAGAAGGUGGAGGAGUCGCAACAUAUAUUUAACUGUAUAGUACGUUAUACGUAGUGAAAUAUCCAAAGACACGCGACAAGACUUUUUCUAAUGUGAACCCUAUCCCGUCAUCUCGAUCCCGCUCAUCGGUCACCAUCGAUAAAUUCACUCCAUGCAUACACCUAUAUAUACAUAUAUACGUGUAGGUAUAAUAUCGCGUCGUUGUCGUCAAGUGUCGGAUCUUAGAUCGGCGUGUCGUCCUCGUGCAACCGGGAUUCGUUCAUUUAUUUAAUGUCGCGAAUUGGGCGAACGUGUUAGAUGUGUUGUAACUGAUUAAUCAAGGGCAUUCACACACAUUCAAACAUACGCAUAUACAUAUACACAUAUACGUUAACACGAUACCGACGAUACUGAUCAAAGGCGGCAUGAUUCGUCGUCUCGGCGAUGAUCCUUCGUUUCCUUCGUCGCGCGAAACUCUUCGUUUCUUCGUUUUUCUGCAUGACGUUCCGUGGGUAACCUCGACAAACAGUAUACAUUUCGUUGUCCUGAAUGCGGAGGAGUUUUGGAAACAACGCACUCUCGUUCAUGACGGACGAUCUUACCGUAGAUAGUCUGCCAUAAUAGGAAUUAUCGUUAAGGUAUCGUUAGUUGUCGCGACAUCGGCUCAUUGUCGUCAUCGUCAUCGUCACCGCCAUCCUCA